CAAAAAAAAAAAAAAAUUAGCUAGUUUCUAGCCGAAGGUUUAGAUGCUUUGUCUAAGUGGAUAUAAAUAAGCAUUAUGUUUUUGAUAUUUCAUGUUUGAUGUUAUUGGUGUCGAGAUGUCCUUUCCUUUAAUGUUCUCAUAAUUUAGUAAAGCCUUUUGAGAGGCACUUAAAUGAGUCGUGACAAGAAGAAGAAGCAGCUUCACUAAUAAAAAUUGCUGCAGCAAUACCAGUAGUUAUCUGUAAAUAAGCAAUUAUAUUGGCUUAACUUAAUCUAACAAAAUGGUAAUAUGUACGCAUAAGUUUCUACUGAAUACAACAACAACAAAUCCAAUAGUUUUUCAUAAGUGGGGUCUGAGGAGGGUAAGAUGUACGCAGUCUUGCUCCUGCCCCUAGAAGGGUAGAGAGGAUGAUAAUACCCCUAAUAUAUACACAAGGAACAGGCUAUAUAUACACAAGGAACAAGCUAAGGAUCAGUGCACAAAAAUUGUGAAUUGAGAUUGUUUAAUGGCCAAAAGUCAAUUUACUUCUGUUGACAAGGUGUGCUGCCAUUGGUAGUGAUGGGUGAGACCAUAACAAACAGGUCGAGUUCGGCCAUAACUUUUCACAUUUUAAGUGCUCCAAAUUAAACAUAUAUGGUCAUUACCAUCAAUAUUAAUGAAAACCAAAUUCAACAUUUGAAAGUUACCUCGGACAUGAGGCUGAAACCUAGUAUUGUAAUGGUCAAAUUAAUAAAAGCACAAAAUCUUAAACUAAGUAGCCUUUUAAGUGUAUAAAAAAUAUCAAACCACGUCCCUUAAAUUUUGAAGUACUAUUAUGUGUUGUAGAGUAUAAUGCACACUGAUUGCUUUGACAAGUGAACAAAUUAACAACUGAGGCAGAGUAAAGGAGACUGACUUCAGUUUAGAUUUACUUCAUGAACAAAGUAAAAUAGCAGUUCUCAUGGAGCGCUUGAAUCUGCUAAAAUUGUUGUAUGCUGAAAUUGGCCGGCACUGUUCCUAUUUUACCCUGAUUCUCCUGCUAUUUUGUCACGUUACGGUAGGCGUCUAUCACUCCAUACUUUUUCAUGCAGAUAUAAUAAGUGUUAAGAAAGGAUUAGGCUUAGGCCGGCACCUUUUAUUCUGUUUCAUUUCCUUGUUUCCUUCAUCUUUUUGUCCUCAAACUGCUGACCUCUACUAUGCACUCUUCCUUGUAUAAAGCUUAUCUGUACCUCCAAUGGAAUCCGGAGAGGUCAAACAAGAAGUUGGAAGUAAACGAAAGCUGCAAUGAAACGAAAUAUAUCCAUGUCUCUUCAGCGUUUGCUCAUAAUUCUGAUGAUGAUCAGCUUCUUAUUUACUUCUCUUCUUGUACCUUCCGUCUCUGCUACAAAUCUCAAUACCAUUUCCACCUGUUUGAUCAAUUACAAAGUCAGUAACUUCUCUGUUUAUCCAACAAGGAAUCAUGCUGGUAAUAGGUACUAUAACUUGCUUGAUUUCUCCAUUCAGAAUCUCCGAUUCGCAGCGUCCUCUAAACCAAAACCAACGGUCAUUAUCGUACCAGAGAGCAAGGAGCAGCUGGUGAGCAGCGUUCUGUGUUGCAGACAAGGUUCUUAUGAAAUCAGAGUAAGGUGCGGAGGACACAGUUAUGAAGGGACUUCUUACGUUUCCUUUGAUGGUUCCCCAUUUGUGGUCAUUGAUUUGAUGAAAUUAGAUGAUGUUUCGGUAGAUUUGGAUUCCGAAACCGCGUGGGUACAAGGUGGCGCUACACUUGGCCAGACUUAUUAUGCCAUUUCCCGGGCCAGUGACGUUCAUGGAUUUUCAGCUGGUUCUUGCCCAACAGUUGGGGUUGGGGGCCACAUUUCCGGGGGUGGCUUUGGAUUUUUAUCAAGAAAAUAUGGACUUGCUGCUGAUAACGUGGUGGAUGCUCUUCUUGUUGAUGCGGAAGGACGGCUAUUAGACCGCAAAGCCAUGGGAGAAGAAGUGUUUUGGGCCAUCAGAGGUGGUGGUGGAGGAAUUUGGGGAAUCAUUUACGCCUGGAAAAUCCGAUUGCUCAAAGUGCCCAAGACUGUGACUAGUUUCAUAGUCCCUAGGCCUGGCUCCAAACGAUAUGUGUCCCAACUAGUUCACAAAUGGCAACUUGUUGCACCAAAGUUAGACGAUGACUUUUAUCUAUCGAUCUCCAUGAGCUCUGCUAGUAAAGGAAACAUUCCUAUUGAAAUAAAUGCCCAAUUCAGCGGAUUUUACCUAGGUACAAAAACCGAAGCCAUUUCCAUCUUGAAUGAGGCCUUUCCGGAGUUGGGAGUUGUGGAAAGUGACUGCAAAGAAAUGAGUUGGAUUGAAUCAACACUUUUCUUCUCCGAAUUAGAUAACGUUGCGAACACCUCCGAUGUCUCUCGUUUGAAAGAGCGUUACUUUGAAAACAAAUCAUACUUCAAAGCCAAAUCAGACCAUGUGAAGACCCCAAUUUCAGUGGGAGGGAUUAUGACAGCUCUUGAUGUUCUUGAGAAAGAACCAAAUGGACAUGUCAUCUUUGACCCUUAUGGUGCAGCCAUGCAGAGAAUUAGCGAGGAAGCUAUUGCUUUCCCUCAUAGAAAGGGUAACCUAUUCAGAAUUCAAUAUCUAGUAGUGUGGAAAGAAAAGGACAAUAAUAAUAUUGCCAAGAGCAAUGGGUACAUAGAGUGGAUAAGAGAGUUUUACAAUACAAUGGCACCCCAUGUUUCUAGUUCACCUAGGGCAGCUUAUGUCAACUAUAUGGAUCUGGACCUUGGAGUGAUGGACGACUACUUAAUGCUAAAUACUAGUAUUACUGCCUCUGCUGAUCAUGCCGUGGAGAGAGCAAGGGUCUGGGGUGAAAAGUAUUUCUUGAAUAACUAUGAUAGAUUGGUCAAAGCUAAGACAAAAAUUGACCCACUAAACGUUUUUCGACAUCAACAGGGCAUCCCUCCUAUGUUCGCCUCAAUGCCAGAGCAUACCUAUAGUAGUAAAUGAGAUAUAGUAACAAAUAUAUGUACUAGCUUGUACUGUGGUGUUCCUUUUCUUUUUUUCCUUUUAAAACAUUGUUAGUUGUCCUA